GCUAGCCUUCUGUCCAACAAUGUAAGCUUGAAUACAUUUCAUCCUCAAUCACACUCACAACGGAUCUACUCCCCCAGGUUGUCACUAUCCGACAACCAGCUCCAAAGAUCAAAUAUGCUCCACGUCCUCGAAUACCCCCAGGGUUUUUUGACGGUACACGACGCGCUGAUUUGUCUACUCCGCAUACUCAAUCACAUGGACAACAUGACAGCAGCACCCCACCACCGCGUCAACGCACGUUUCCCGCAUCCUGGCGCCGCCGCUUCAAUCGACACAGAGCGACUGGUCAUCACACGCAAUCUUGGUCCAGCCCUUUCAGCUGGACUCAGAACCUAGUCUCUGGCAUGGUGCGCAGACGAGAUGCACAAGACAUUGGGUUGCGAGAACCGCCAAUAGUCGAGGUCCCGUACACAGCAGGCAAGCCUAGAAACUAUUACGCUCGAAAAAAGAAGCCAGCUGCCAGCUAUUCGCAAACUGCCCAUGCACAUCCCAUCCAGCAACCACCUCCCAAUGCCAAUGCCACUGCCUCUCCACCUCCCGCUGUCGCUGGUGCCACGGGGACAGCAGGAACUACCGCGCGUCCUCAUAUCGCCUUCACUGGAUGGCGUGCUCGCCUCAUGGGCUGGGUUUGCUGCAUGCCUGUUCAGAACGCACCCUAG